AUGGCUUCGUCGCACGGUUCCUCCACCACCCUCGAGCUGGUCCUCGCCGCCGUGAUGUGCGCGCUGCUGCUGGCACCGCCGUCCUCCGGCGCGGAGCCGCCUCUGUCGGGCAGCUACGAGGACGACAAGGUGCACGACUUCCUCCGGGUGAUGGACCGCGCCGCGGCGUACCGGCGGGAGUGCUUCGGCGAGUGCGCCAAGGGCUGCUACUGCUCCGACAACCCCUACAGCUGCCUGCGGGAGUGCAUGCCCACCCCGCCCACCCGCCGCUGCGGCGCCACCUACGACGUCGUCCAGGGCGUCUUCUCGUCGUCAGCGACGUUCUUGGCUUCCACCACGAUGCUGAGGGAGGACAAGGACGCUGCUGGUUCCGGCGAGGGCUUCGUCUCUACCAGCGCGACAUGA